CAAGGCCAUUGGUUUUUACCAAGACUGAUAACAAAGAAAGAGUCAUUGUUGGUGUCUUGGGAAGAACCUGCAGGGCCGACAGCAAUGUCUGAAGACUUUGUUUGUGAGGCGUUUCUCACAAUAUACAUCAUCACGUUUCUAAUUGGUUUUCCUGGUACUGUGCUUGCAUUGUGCUCAUGUAUUCGCAAAAUUGCCAGCAAACCAAUCCCUAUUGACUUAUUGAUGUUGAAUCUUGCCAUUUCUGACCUCAUUUUCCUCUCCUUUCUGCCCUUCAAAAUGAAAGAGGCUGCAGAUCAGAUGACCUGGAACAUGCCUCAAAUCUUCUGCCAGCUCAGUCUCUUCAUGUUCCUUCUCCCUUUCUAUUCUAGCGGCCUAUUCCUGACAGUGAUUAGCACUGAGCGCUAUGUGUGUGUAGCAUUUCCAGCAAAGUAUAAAAGUCCAAAAAGAAUCAUUUAUACAAUAAUCACAUGUGUUGCCAUUUGGGUGCUUGUUGUGGGAUACUCAGUACUUCCUUACAAGGUGUUAUUUACAGAUUCUCUUGUAGCGGACAACACUACUAAUCAGCGCACUCUGAUGGCGGAACCUCAGAGUUGUUACCGUAAAUUUACAAAAGAGCAGCUCAAAGAAUUGCUCCCAGUUCGGCUGAGUAUAGCAAUGUUGUUUUUCUUUCUUCCUCUGCUCAUUUGCUGCUUCUUUUAUGUUAGUUUCAUUCGUAUUUUGACAAAUUUGCCUCUAAUCAAACGGCAACGUAAACUCAGAGCUAUUGGACUGGUUGUUGGGACGCUUCUUGUUUUCACCACUUGUUUCGCACCCUACAAUGCUUCCCAUUUAGUGGGCUUCAUCAAAAAAGAAAGUCCUGCUUGGGGAAUGAAAGCUUUAAUGCUGAGCACUUUAAACGUAUGUUAUGACCAGAUUAUAUUUUUCUGUAUCUCUAGGGAAAUGAGAAGGACGAUCAAAGUUUGUGCAAAGGCCAGUUUUCAGUUUUGUGUCUAUUUGAAGCGUGAAGUGUGUUGUUAAUGCUGUAAACUUGAAAAAUGGCAUCACCAAAAUGCCUUCUAAUUAAUUUAUUAAUUGUCAAUUCUAAGUUUCUUCCUAUACACUAUAUACGUUUCUGGCUAUAGUUUGUAUGAAUAAUUUUCUUUGCAUGAGACUGGCAUACUGUUAUAAAUGUAUUAAAAAGUAGUAUGGAUUCAUUUAAUUAAAAAAUAACCUACUGUACAUUACUGACCUGAGAACAGGAUAAAACAAUAUAGGAAGGGGAUACACCAUUUAUGUUACUUAAAAAGCUAAGGCAAGUUGUAAAUAAUUUUUCAAAGAUAUUAAACAACACACUACUACUUUACACUACUACUUUACUAUGUU